AUGGCAACUCAAACUAAAUGGCCACAUCUCAUCGGCAAAGAUGGUGACGAAGCCGUUGAAAUUCUUAAGAACGAAGGUAUGGAGCCACGAAAACUCCUACAAGGAAUGUGCGGCCUCAGCAGAACUGAUGCAGAAAAUCCAAAAUUCAUCAUAGUCAACGUGGACCAGGACAACAAAAAUGUUGUCUUUGUUAUUGUUAAAGAUAUUGCUCUCUAUUUACAAUUUACAAUUUACAAUAUUCGACUUUUCGACGAAAAUAAAAAUUUCGGUGAGUUAAUAUCAAAUAAAAUUCAAUGUUAUGAAUAUCGACCAAUAUUUAUCUAA